AUGGAAGUUCCUACCAUGGAUGACUCUAUGGAAAUGGCCUCGCCCUACAUGGGGCAGGCCGAUGAUUUCGAUAUCGACAUUGACCUUAUGGAAGACCAUAACUCAAACAUGGACAGCGAUAUGAUGGGCGCAGAUGAGUUUUCACAGCCUCAUGAACCAGUAAACGAGGCCAUCCUUGAUGCAGAUAUGGCCGAUGACCCUUCGGAGGGCUCUAUGGUUGACGCCGACAAUUAUGUGGAAGAAGACCACGACAUCGACGUGCAAUCUCAAGAGGAGCCCUUUGAGGCAGAAAUGACCGAAGGCGACCAGGUCGAAACUACCGCUCCCGAAAUUUCCGUCAUCGACGUUUCCACUUCUGCUCCCAUCGAACCAACCACCGGAGAUGUCCCCAAUCCUAUUCAGGAAGAGCCAGUCUUAGUGGAGCAGACCUCUCACGUAGUCCCCGAGGAUCCCAGUGUCCAGACAGAGGCAGUUCAAAGUGAACCCCCAGCGCCAAUUCAAGAAGAAGUCGGUGCCCCGGCCGAGGACAAGGAGCAACAGGCUGAGCCCAGUACAUCUGAUGAUGACGAGCUUGCGGAGCCACCAACCGAAACACUCCAUCUUGCCGGGGCUCAUAAUGACUCUGAAAAGGAGCCUAGCAAGGAGGCUAAUGAAACAGACCAGCCUGCGUCAAGCCCUAAGAAUACGAAUGCUUCACAGGAAGACAUUGCAGGAAAUCAGGAGCAAGCUUCUACGGAGACUCAUCCAGAACCUGUUAGUACGCAGGCAGAGGCGCAGUCUGCUCCAGAGGUAAAACAGCCGGGCGCAACUGAGGCCCAACCCUCACACCCUGAAACUGCCCCGCACGAAACCCUUCACCCAGUGAAGAUAAUCUACCAAGAGAAUGAGAUUGCCCUUUUCCCUCCGUUUGAGGGCGACUCUGCUGAGACAUUCUUCCUCCAUGACGAGGAUGUGGCGUACGAAAGUGUCGCUCAAUUGUUCAAGGCCUUGCGUCAGGUCCUCCAGGGCAAUGUGGCGGAUAACGAGGUCCUGAUAAUUGAUGUCGAUACGCUUGGAAUUCAGAUGACAGAGGACUCUUUCCAUACAUCCCAGGUGACCCUGCACCAGGUUGUAGACCUUUACCUUAGACUAUGUCGCAACGAUGGGGCGAAUGACCCCGAUGCUCUCUAUCUUACAUUAAGCAGCAAGCGUGCCUUCCCAGCGGAAAUCGCCGAUUUGCUCGAUGCUGCCAACGAUGGCAAAACUUUGUCCGACAUUCAUCCAUGGAAUGAAUAUGACGAGGCUGAGCCCUUCUCUGAAGCAGAUCACGGGCUCGAACACGAGGCCGAGGAGCAAGAGGACGAAGCUUACUACACAACCGAAGCCGAACAGAAAUUGUCGCUUGCUGAUGACGAAGUACCCUCAAAGCCCGAAGACGAGCAGGCGCCAGCCGCCGCCCCCUCUCCGUCGGCUCAGGUACAAACUUCGGAGGCACAGCUAGAGAAUCCAGACCUUGCAGUUCAAGAAGAACAUCACAUCGGCGAGCCAGGCGCUGGCGUCGCUGAUGAGGCUCGCCCACUCUCCGCCCACUCUCAAUCCAAUGACCAAAACCAGCCCGAGGAAGUCUACAAUGGCGAAGGCGAUGCCAACGAAGAAAACGACGAGCAUUACGACUCCGAGGCCCCGGGCAGCGAAUCUACUGCCACAGUAAACGCAGCACCCGUUGAGACUGACUUGCAAGAAAAUCCACCCGAUGAGCAAAUUGAGCAUUUCGAUGAUACUGCCCAUGGAGAGGAUCAUGAUUACGAUGAUCUUGGACCUGAAGACUAUUAUGAAGACGAAGAACUUGGGUUCAUCGUUCAUCCAGACGCUUCCCAUGAAGAGGAGAGUUCUAGCCACACCGAGGAUGGUGAAUCAAAACAGCCGAUCGCCCAGCAAACCCUCCCUGAUGAGGAUGAGAACAAGCCGGACUCCAAGUCCACCGCUGCAGUCAACUCGGUUGAGUCGUCAUCAGCUGAGGCAAACCAAAAUUCCCACGAACAGGACACAUCUGCACUUCACAGCGAGGUUCAAAAUGCCACUGAAGCCCAGGAGCAGCCACUAGCACCAGCGGAUGAAUUGCUCGGCAUCGCAGUAGAUCUGAUGCAAACCCCAGCCAAGGACGACGAGCAAGAUGAGCUUGAUCACUUCGAUGAGUUAGAGUACCACGAAGACGAGGAUGACCUCGCUGCCCCUGCAUCCGUUGGCGGUCACGAAGCCGACAACCAAGAAUUCGAUGAGAACGAGUUUGGCGACUAUGACGCCAAUUUUGAUGACACGGAGGCUGUAGACCUUGGUGAAACAGAUCCAUCCCUUGUGGAGUCUCAAUCUCACGAUAACGCGUCGACCAAACGGUCCCGCGACGAAGAAGACGACUGGACCAUCGAGGACACCACUCUGGAUGCCAAACGUCGGCGCCCUUCGUAA